AUGCCCCAAGCCAGAAGUAGGUGCAUCCAACACCCAAAAGCACCCGCUCUCGUCCAUGAAAUUGCUAUUCAUCAUGGCCAUCAGUCCAACUGGAACGAGUACAGCGCUCGGCAUGUAGCCCAGGAGUCCCGGCGGCUGGAAGAGCUGUGCAGACGCAUCAACAGCGGGCAUCUAUGCGAGCGCGCGUCCCAAGUGCGCGGCGCCAACGCCCCAUGCUCGAUUGACCUCUCCCCGGGGACACUUUCGGCCAUGAUGGGCGGGCAGAACUGCCAUGCCGACGUCGUAUUCGCAGACGGUAUCGUGUGGCUCGCGCGGUUCCGACUGUGUAGUCCCAUAUCGCCGCCGCUCGAGGUGCGCGACUACGUGCUGCGCAGUGAAGCCGCAACCAUGGAGUUUCUGCAGCGCCACACGAGGAUCCCCUCUCCGCGCGUCUUCGACUGGGCCUGCGAGUCGGAUCCGGCGAAUGCGGUGGGCGUUGGCUAUAUCCUGAUGGAGAAGCUGCAGGGCGCGCCGUUGGACUGGCAGCGCGCAACCUCGGUGCAGAGGGCCAAGAUUGUGCGGCAGCUCGCAGACGUAAUGCUGGAGAUGGAGAGACACCCCUUUGACAGGUUCGGAUCGCUCGUGGGGACGCCGCCCGUGUCCGGAGGCGAGGUAGCAUCGGCAGCCGAGAUACAGGUCCAGGGUCUGGCGCAACAUUCCACCUUUCGGUGCGGUGUGGACCAUGGGCCGCCGGGCCCCUUCCGCUCAUCACGGGAGGCUUUGCGUGCCCUCGUAGAGGCGCACCUUGGCAUGAUUGCCGGCGGAGAGAUUGGGACCGCCGAGGACGCCGCCGACGUGUGGCUGGCCCACCGGUUCCGGCUCGACGUUUUGGUGGAUGGAAUGUGGAAGGCGAACGCGGCAGGCGAGGACGACACCUUCUUCUUAAAGCAUGCCGACGACAAGGGCGACCACAUCUUGGUUAAUGCCGACUUUGACAUUGUGGGCAUCAUCGACUGGGAGUGGUGUAGCACAGCGUCCAAGGAGGAGGCCUUUUCCGCGCCGUGCAUGAUGUGGCCGGUGGCAGCCUUCUACGACGGCUCCAACGAGCUGGCAGACGAGGAAUUGCUCCUGGCGCGCGUAUUCAGCGAGGGGGGCCGCGAAGACCUCGCCCGCUGCGUGCUGGACGGGCGCAAGGUCCAGCGGUUGCUGUUCGCCCUCGGUCCCGGGGCGUCACACGAGGACAGGACGACGUUUGCCCGUCUUUUCAUGGGUCUGAAGCGGGCAUUCGAUCCGGAGCACGGGGGCAGACAAGACAAGCAAGGGGGAGAGGAGCAAGAGUGGGAGGCGUGGAGAGCAGGAGCGCUUGUGAAAUGGCAACACGACGGUUCGUUGAAGGCUUUACUCAAGAAGGCGUGA